CAUCGACUGACCAGUUCCGUCGAGAGCAAGAAUCUUGUUCUUUACAUAUACCCGCAAUGGACUCCGGAAAUCUCAGCACUCCUAUAUUUUCACUACAUGCUAAUCGUUAUUCCAGUGCACACAGCCACCAAGAUAUUGUGCACUUCUGAUCUCCGUCGUGCUCGAGGCCCCUUGUACCAAUGUUCAUGUCUCGCAAAAGCUUUUCAUAUAGUUAAUUCUAGCUGCCUAAGGAGUGUUAAAAUGACACCCAAAUUGAAAAAACAGAAGUUAGGCUCUGGUCGCCGUGUCAUCUACUGGUUUCGUACUGAUCUGCGUCUCCAUGAUUCCCCUGCCUUGAAAACUGCCCUGGACCUCGACCCGGAGGCCUUUUAUCCUAUCUGGUGCUGGGAUCCACACUAUAUGUACAGAGCACGUGUUGGACCCAAUAGAUUCCAAUUUCUCAUUGAUUGCCAAAAUGAUUUAUCAAAUAGCAUCACAAAACUCAACAAGAAGUCCAAAUUGUUUGUGAUGCGUGAAGCCCCACAAACUUUGUUACCCAAACUUUGGAGAGAAUGGGAUAUCACACAUCUGGUAUUCGAGAAAGACACCGAUGCUUAUGCACGCCAGAGGGAUGACAAAGUGAAGAGCAUGGCUAAGGAUGCUGGUGUCGAAGUUCUGUGUAUUGCAGGUCGGACGCUAUGGGAUAGCGAUGAGCUUGUGGCUGCAAACAGCGGAAACCCUACGAUGAGCCUGAGCCAAGUUCAAAAAGCUGGCGCCAAAGUUGGAGAAAUCAACCGCCCCAUACCUCCGCCCAAGAAAAUUCCCGAUCCCGGAAAUCUGAGUCUCUCAUUUGAACAUGAGAAACCAUCUAAACCAUACGAUGUCAAUUCGAUCUACAGGGACAGAAAUGAACUCACCUAUUCCAGCAUUGCGGGCCCAGAAAAUGAUUUUGCUGUGCCGACUAUAGACGAGCUUGGACUCAAGAAACCAACUACAUCGCAUCGGGGGGGUGAGACCAUUGCACUCGAAAUGCUAGAAGCAAUUCUCGCAAAUCAUGAGUAUACUGCCACAUUUGAGAAGCCCAAAACAGCUCCGACCGAGUUCGAACCUCAAUCAACAACGCUGCUCUCACCUCACCUGCACUUUGGCUCCCUCUCUUGUCGCAGGUUCUAUUGGGGUGUACAGGAUACUGUUGCAAGAUACAAAGGCCGUGCGUCAACGCCGCCAACUUCACUCACGGGGCAGCUGCUUUUUAGAGAUAUGUACUUUGGUGCUCAAGCCAAAAUUGGUACUGUAUUUGGGCAGACGUUCAAUAAUCCGUACGUAAGAUUUGUCCCGUGGCAUCUUCCUUCAAAAGUCGACCCAGAUACAGGUCAUGUAAGUGGGGAAUAUCAUGUUGAUGAUCCGGCAGCGGCGCAAUAUUUUCAGCGUUGGAAGUACGGACGCACUGGUUUUCCUUGGAUCGAUGCACUGAUGCGACAGCUUCGCCUAGAAGGGUGGAUCCAUCACUUGGGAAGACAUGCUGUUGCCUGCUUUCUAACACGUGGAGGGUGCUAUGUGGAUUGGGAGCGUGGUGCUGAAGUCUUUGAAGAGUUGCUUAUCGACCACGAGCCCGCUUGCAACGCUGGAAAUUGGCAAUGGCUGUCAUGUACAGCAUUUUUUAGUCAAUUCUACCGCUGCUAUUCUCCCACUGCAUUUCCAGCCAAAUGGGACAAGAGCGGAAAGCUUGUUCGCAAGUUCUGCCCCGAAUUGAAAAAUUUCUCGGACAAGUACAUAUAUGAACCUUGGAAGGCACCCAUCGCAGAUCAGAGAAAAUGGGGUUGUAUUAUUCGAGGUGAUGGUUCCGAAGAUGUGGUCGAAGAGAAGGGCAUUCGCUAUGCACAGUAUCCGAAGCCUAUGUUCGACUUUUCGGCACGUCGUGAAUUGUGCCUCAAGCAAAUGAAAAAAGCUUACGAUAUUGGUCUAUACGGCGCAGAUAAGAAGGUCACAGACGGAUCAUGGAAAGAGCUCUUUGGCGCAAGUAGAGAAGAUCCGACGUAAGGCAUAGAAGUAUCCAUUGGCUCGACGAUGCACGACCAUGGCGAUGAUCAUCCAAGAACCAUCAUGUUGUUGCCAAACAUUCGGGAUGACGUUUCUGUGCUUCUGGCUGAGGCGACUGUGCAUUUAAAUUUCCACACCUCUACUACGCUAGUCGAAUAAAGUCAUUUUUUGAUCCGCCAUUUUUAACAAUCAAUUUCGACGUAAAUCUAGCUUGUGCUAAAAUUUCCGUCUUUCCUAUUCCAACAGGUUAUGCAUGUAAAUAGGAC